GGCAGCAGGACUCAACUUCCCCCUGAGUGAGCUGGCUUGGUCAGGUUGGUCGUGACGUGUAUUUCCGAGGAGUCCCUCAAUUUGUACAGGUUGCUAAUAUGAAGUUAGCGAGUCUUGUUGCCGAUGAUAUAAAGUGAUUCCAGGGAUAUAAAUUCUCACGAACGUCGUUUUCGGUCUGAGUUUCGGAAGCAAUAAUGCCUGUAAUGGUCGGCGCAGGACAUGGACGGGCUAACAGAAAUGUGAUGUGUGUCUGGCUUCCGCUCGCCGCCGUGUUGUUGUUGUCGGUCGGAGUUGCUGCUAUUCAAGAGGAGCACAAAUCAGUUCAAGAGCAGUCCCCGCAAGAGCAGAAAGCACCAAGCCCCCAUCCAGCAGACCCAGUUGUUCCCGAAGAUGGCUCCAGCAAAGGAAACAUGGGCUUCAUCCAUGCCUUUGUGGCAUCUUUCUCCGUCAUCAUCGUCUCUGAGCUGGGAGACAAGACAUUUUUCAUCGCAGCCAUCAUGGCCAUGCGAUACAACCGUCUCACCGUGCUAGCAGGGGCUAUGCUGGCUUUGGGAGUCAUGACUUGCCUUUCUGUACUGUUUGGCUAUGCCACCACGAUCAUCCCUAGAAUCUACACAUACUAUGUAUCCACUGCUCUGUUUGCCAUCUUUGGUGUGCGCAUGCUGAGAGAGGGGCUCAAAAUGAGUCCAGAUGAAGGCCAGGAGGAGCUGGAGGAGGUGCAGGCUGAGAUCAAGAAGAAGGACGAAGAGCUCCAGCGGUCUAAACUCGCCAAUGGUGCUCCGGAUGUGGAGGCUGGAUCAGGGACUGCGGUGCCUCAGAAAAAGUGGCAUGGGUUCAUUUCGCCUAUCUUCAUCCAAGCUCUCACCCUCACCUUCCUCGCAGAGUGGGGAGACCGCUCGCAGCUGACCACCAUUAUUCUAGCUGCCCGCGAGGAUCCAUUUGGAGUUGCAGUGGGUGGUACAAUCGGACACUGUUUGUGCACAGGACUGGCUGUGAUAGGAGGAAGAAUGAUUGCACAGAAAAUUUCUGUCCGGACAGUUACAAUCAUUGGAGGGAUUGUUUUUCUGGCGUUUGCCUUCUCUGCCCUCUUCAUCAAGCCAGACGCUGGACUUUAAUUGGACGGAAGACUUUCAGGUUCACUCUGUAAAUACGUGUAAAAUCUGCUCAAGGUUCUGUAGAGAGACUGUAGUUUUAACUUGGUAUGUGUCCAACAGAAAAGCAACAGGCUAAACACAGCUGCAGUCCUGCCCAUCUUUCCUAGAGAGCCUCUGUUCCACUGCAGUCUGUGAAUCAGGGGGAUCUCUCAUAGACAUUAGUGUUGAAUAACAUUUCACUACAAAAUGUGUUUCAUCUUUAACAAGUGCAGACGUAAGGAUUUUUAGAACAGGACGACACUUAAUCUGGUCUGAUGAAAGAGACGUUAAACGACGGAGUUACACAAGUGUGUGGAAAAGAUGUGAGCUUGGAGAGGAGGACAGGAUUGUCUUGCUCUCUAAGAGCUUUAUUCUCCUCACGCGGUGAGACAACGAAUGCUGCAUUAUUACUGAUUGCUGGUCUCUACAAGGUCCCAUGGCUCAGAAACCGAACCUGACGUCCUGUUCUUUCCUCACAUUUAGGCACAACGUCCUUUUGCCUUUUUCUGUUUGUUUUUAAAUGUUUAAUGGAUGAUUUUUUUUUUCCUUUUUUGUAUGUUAAACUUGAACCCCGAUGCUGUCAGGUGUCUGUUGACAGAAUACUGUUUAUAGACUGAACCGACAGGUUCCUCAAUGUGUACAGCAAGUGGAAGAGGGUGUUGCAACGACCUCCAUGGGUGACGCCUUCUCCCACAGUGCAUAAGACCUCAUAAGCUGGAGGAGGCAUGCGUAAGAGGGAAAACACAGAACCAGCAGCACAUAUUAUACUUAUGUUUUUGAUGCAAGUUGAGAUUUUAGGCAGAAGAUACAUCAUGAAGAUAUUCCCCUUAGUUUCUCACUGUCUUUUAAAGAGACAGACUUGAACCACUAGAGUACCUCUGUUCCCAGGUGUCGCUGUAGCUUUGUCGGAAUAUCUCGUUCAGUAUCCAGAUCCUUCUCCAUAGCUCAUAUGCACCUCUUCAAAGAUGGCAAAUUCCCUCGCACUGGUUCCAGAUGGCGCCAAAGGAAGGCCAGUAUGCAGCUGCACAGGUGAACUCUUUCUCUUGUGAUUAAAGCAGGUUCUGGCAUGAGCUGUACUGCCUCAGCCAUUGUUGCCCCAAUUCAUAAUGUCAUUGCCUCACAACGUGAGCAUGACAGUCAGGUACAGAAUGAGUGACGUAACCUUUAACACGUCAUUUAUCUGUCACAAAACACACAGAAGUCGUCACUCCUUUGAGCAGUGCUGCAGCUGCAGCGACACCUCAAUAAAAACAACUCUAAUUCAGCCAUUUUAUUUAAAAUUGUCUAUAUUUAUUUAGCUUAAUUUCCUUUUAGGUGUACGUACUGUAGGAACAAGGGGUGGGAGAGCUCCCUAUAAAGGAAAUAUUUUUUUAAGUGAACAGGUUAAAGCUGCAUCGUCAGCGUUUGGCAGGCUGUGAAAUACUUCUGUUUGUCAUAAAGGUUGGUUGAAUUGCCUAUAAAUCUUAAAAUGCUCAAUAAAACAAUUUCUUGUGUUGUCUGAUUUCUAAAA